AUGAAAAAGAAACAGCACUCAAGGAGAUCAUCAAACUCAUCGGCUCAUGAGUCUGAUAUCGAAGCAUCCGAUGCAUCCGACAAUGAGAAGGUGCAAAAGAAAUUCAAGUUGGAUGCAGCGGAUCAUGCGAUCGUCACGAUGAAGUGUCACUAUAAAUCGAGACAUGGCAAGCUGAGACUGACGGUGGAGCAUCUCUGUUUUCUGGCGAGUAUUCAACUUGGCGGUUCCAAGAAGAAGCUGAUCGCACUCAAAGACAUCCUCGACAUUGAGUGUUCCGACGACAAGGGUGUGACGCUCACACUGCGCAACGGUAAAUCACCGACUUUUCUGUUCAAAGAGAAUCGCGAAGCGUUCAACUACAUCGAGAAUCAAUGGAUCAACACUGGCAAUGGAAGAGGUAACUCUGCAACUCUACUGAAUAACAGUAUUGAGAAUAUGAUUGAUGGUGCACAAAGCAGCAACAACAAUUCACAAAGAAAUAGAGGUGAUAGUAUUAAUAGUAAUGGUAGCAAUGGUGGUGUUGCCAAUUAUCGAUAUAGUGGUAAUUUCGAGAGUCAGUUGAAUCAGUCAUUGACUUUGGAAAACAAGAUAAGUGAUUCCUAUGGCAAUGACAUUGAGAAGGCAACCGCUUCAAUGAAAAGACACUUUGAUGUUCCACACUCAGAGACAUUGGUUCGCGAAUAUCAAUGUGCUCACAAAGGUUCAUUGAUGCAACAUCAUGGUAAACUAUAUGUCACAGAGAGAUUCUUAUUCUUUUAUUCUGGAUUGGCAUCUAGACAUCAAAAGUUUACUAUAAAAUUAUUGGAUGUCGUUGAUAUUUGUUUACCAGAGAAGAGUAAGAAAUCAAUUUUAAUAUCAACUAAAGAUGAAGCUUAUUUGUUUACAGCAUUUAAAUAUAAAAGAUCAGUUGUAUUUAAACAGUUGAAUGAUUUCUGGUUUGAUUCAAAACAACAUGGUGAGGUACCAGAGUUAAAGGUUUCAGUUGGUGGAUUUACAAAUACACCAAUUCAAAUGUUGAUCAGUGACACUGAAGCCGGUAUGAACAAUCAAUCUCCAAAGUCAAGACAUAGAACUGGUUCAAUUUCAGAUCGUUUGGAAAAGAUUGAGAAUCUAUCAACACCCAUUGUAUUACCAGAGGAUAAAAAACCUGAAGAAGAUACAACUGAAUCAACAACAGCAACAACAACAACAGCAGAUGGUAAUGAUACAUCUGUUUCAUCAAAUAUUACAGAUAGUAAUAUUAAUAAUAAUAGCAACAGUGGAGUUGGUGAAUCAAACAAUAAAUCAGAAUCAACUGAUAAAUUGGAUGGAAGUAGUGGUGGUAGCAAGUCAAGUAAAUCAUCUAUUUGGAAACCAUCAAAGAAUAGAUUACAGUUGAAAUUCAGUAGAGAUAAAAGUACACCAACUGAACAACAACAACAGCAGCAACAACAACAAAAAGAUCAACCUUCUAAACUAUCAAAUUCAUCUGAUAAAAAUAGUUCGACAACAUACCAAAAUUCCAAUAGCAAAACAUCUAAUAUAUCAUUAACAUCAACCACAUCAACACCACUUCCAAAAUCCAACACAGUUUCAUCAUACUCAUCAGUUUCAUCUAUUAUCGCCAGUAAGCCAAAUGUAAAGAUGGAUUCGAUGGAUGUUGCGCCACCAACUUCAUCAACUCCACUUUUUAAACAUGAUCCAAGACUCACCACAAAAGUUAAAAAGAGAUGUUGUUGUUUCUAA